AUGGAAAUGAGGCGGUACAGGUCCGGUGGGACAUCUUUCUUAACUUAUUGGAUAUUCCUCUUGCAAAUGUUAGGCAGCGCACGGCGCGGUGCUGAGGGCCAUGGUCGGCUGAUGGACCCGCCGGCACGCAACUCCAUGUGGCGGUUUGGCUUUCCAAACCCCGUCAACUACAAUGACAACGAGUUGUUCUGCGGCGGAUAUGCCGUUCAGUGGGAACAGAACGAGGGCAGGUGCGGCGUGUGCGGUGACGCGGACCACUUGACGGAGCCGCGCCCCCACGAGGCAGGCGGCAUGUACGGCAAGGGUAUCGUCACCAGACAUUAUAGCGUUGGACAGGAAAUCGAAAUAGAAGUUGAAUUGACAGCGAACCAUCUUGGCACUUUCGUAAUUAAACUAUGCCCUAACAAUAAUCCGAAACGAGAAGCCAGUCAGGAAUGCUUUGAUAGGUACCCUCUAACCAUAUCAGGUUCACGGGAGGACCGCUUCCUAAUUCCCCUGGACACAGCCAAGAAAGAAAUCUUCCGGUACAGAGUGCGUCUCCCAGCUUACGUCACCUGCACGCAUUGUGUCUUGCAGUGGACUUACUAUACGGGUAACAUGUGGGGUAUUUGUCCUAACGGGACAGAGGCUGUAGGCUGCGGUCGUUCCGAGACUUUUAGGAACUGCGCUGACGUGAGUGUGGUAACCAGCACCGGUGGGCUGCCACCCGCGUUUGCUGGAGACCUCCGCCGUGACUACCCAUUCCUGCUGUACUACAGGGACUUCAGAAUGCCUCAGAAUGUUUUCCCGCUCGUCGUCAGCAACGAUAUUGAAACAGAGGAGGAGUUGUCUAAUCCCGUCAUUAGGGACCAAGUAUGUGUGCCAACGCAGGGAUACCGUAUGUUCCCCGGAAUGCAGGAGUGGUGUCAGACCAACUGCCUGCGUUACCCGCCCAACUGCCCUGUUGCUCUGUGUACCUGCCCACAAGUGUGCGAUGCCGUGGGAGAGAUCCAGGGCCGCGACGGAGCGGACGUGUACUGCAUGGAUCAAUGCAUCGUGUACCCGCCGCACUGUCCUUACAACCGGUGCAAGUGCUACUGA